GCGGACAGGAAGUCAAACUCAAAAGAAAAACAAUGUCAAAACUUUGUACAGUUUGAUCUUCGAUUCUCGUGUAUGGUCACAGAAUGACCGAAAGUAUUCCAGGUGGUAGACAAAGAUCAUCAUCCGUCGGUAAUGUGUUUGAAGAAGACUUCAAUGACGAUGGAUUCGAUCCACUUUCAGACCGCCAUCGAAAGUUUAGCCAAAGUCUACAUCUGGAUAGUUUAAAAGCGAAAAACGGUACUGGUAUCGAACGUGUUGAACAAACUCGUGAGGAUCCCGAUAAUUUUGCAACACUGCCUACAAAGGCAAAGCGUCGUACAAGACCUUCUUUCAAAUCUGUGAAAAAUUUGAUGGGCAGGCUUAUGAAUAGUUCGAAUUCAUGGACAGCAAAUCGACGAGAAGAUGACAGUCGGGUUGGUUCUAAAGGGGGGAUGACGCAGAGUUCGAAACAGCGGGAUGACCGAACGCCCGAAAUUCCAUAUACAGAAUCUACCUCGCGCCCCCUCGUUACCAAAUCAUCAAAACAGCCAGAUAUCUUUUUUGGUGACGAGACACCUGGCACGAUUGGAAUACACAAUCAUGGCAACACUUGUUUUAUGAAUGCAGUUCUUCAGUGUUUGAACAAUACUGAUAAUUUUGUUGAAUAUUUCAUAAGACAAUUGCACAAAGAUGACCAGAAAUCAUCGACGAGAAGACUUGGGUUUCGUAAUGUUCAUAACGUAACAGAGCAACUUGGAAUACUCUUAAAUAGUCUCUGGACUAAUAGAUACCACCAUGAUGUGUCGGACAGUUUUAAAACAGUUGUUGGGAAAUUCAAUAGCCAGUAUAAAGGAACAUCUCAACAUGAUGCCCAGGAAUUCCUUCUCUGGUUAUUAGAUAGAAUAAAUGAAGAAUUUAAUGCAAAUAGCAAGAAAAAAACCAAGCAGAUUUCUGGGAAGAAACAGAGUGACGAGGAAGCAGCAGAAGAAGUUUUGUCCACCAAUAAUGGCAGCCCACUGUAUAAUUUGUUUCAAGCACUGUACCGUUCAUCGCUACAGUGUCCCAACUGUGGCAAGCAAAGCAACACAUUUGAGAACUAUCUAUGUUUGUCUUUACCUCUUCCUAACAAAGUCAUGCGACCUGUCUACAUCAUUUUGGUAGAGGCAGUAGAAGUGAACAAACCACCUAAGCAGACCAAGAUAGGACUGCGACUCAAUGCAUAUGGCUGUGUCAAAGAUUUACGACAAGAAAUUUCAAGCUGGACAAAGAUAAAAGAAAAAUAUUUGGUGUUGUGUCAGAUUUAUGACAAUGGAUUCAGAAACCCCUACAGGGAUGACCAGCCAUUGACAGACAUUCCUGAGUCGGAGAAUGUAUAUGCUGUGGAGAUGUGGUGUGCUGGGGGGUCCCCCACAGGAGAAGGACAUCAGCAGUUUGAACAGUCUUAUGUUUCAAUAUUACUGAUUCACACACAGCGAGAAUCAAAUCCUACCAAAUAUUUAAGAUUCUGUGCCCCACAGAUCCUGAGAAUUCCCAGAGAUGUUGAUAAUCGUGGCCUGCAAAAAGAAAUCCUUGCAAACCUUGGUCCCUGUGUCAAAGAGGGUCUUCUUGGUCAGAAGUUGGAUACACUUUUUCGUCUGAGACUCGUUAGUGGCAGUGCUGCACGUGAUUAUCUCCCCCUGGAUGUUGAAAUGCCUCUGUAUGUCCAGAAUGUAGACAGGGCUUUGUCAAACUACCGCUCGGAAUAUGGUCCUCCACACAUCAAACUUGUUGCCGAAUGGGAUCCAGCUGUCAAAAAGAAGGUGGUUAGCCAUGAUAUUGAAACUGUAGAUGAACACCCAUCAUAUCGUCAAGUACGCCAGCACCAGCAUCCAGAGCCAAUCUCCCUUGAUGAAUGUCUUCAUCUCUUUACUAAACAGGAGAAGUUGACUGGGGAUGAUGCCUGGCUCUGUCCUCACUGUCAUAAACAACAGCAGGGCACAAUGAAAACACUGGGUUUGUGGUCUCUACCGGACACGCUGGUCAUCCACCUGAAGCGCUUCAGACAGGUUGGUUUGCACCGAAGCAAGUUGGAGUCUCUCAUAGACUUUCCAGUGAAUGGUCUAGACAUGAGUAAACAUAUCCUCCGUCCAAAUGGUGAAUGUGACCUCCAGAGGGUCACCAUGAACAUGACGCCACAGCAACAACGUGUCCACCAGGGGGAGCAUCAUGACAACAUGAUCUAUGACCUUCAUGGAGUAUGUAAUCAUGAUGGUAGCAUGCUUGGUGGCCAUUAUACAGCAUUUUGUAAAAAUCCUUUGGAUAGUGACUGGUAUAAAUACAAUGACUCGAAAGUGACUGCCAUUUCUGUGUCAGAAGUACAGACCUCAGCUGCAUAUCUCCUGUUUUAUCAACGCAGAGGUUUCUCCUCCAUGGCAAAGCAAGAUCUUUGUGAUGGUUCCCACUGGAUCUAUAGAUUACACCUUUGGGACAAGGUGUCAAAUCAGCCCAAGGUCGCAUCAGACACUGACACUGACAAGAGCAGGAGGAACACUACAAACCCUGAUCGUGGUACAAGGCAAAGUAGUGUGAAAUUAGUGCAUGAUUCCGAGGAUAAUAGGAAGUCUCACAUAGCAGCACGACCUGCAGCUAAUGGUAAUUCCUCACAGAGUGUUACAGAAAGUCACAGACUAAAGUAUGAUGUCAACCUACGGGUGGAUGUUGAUCGUGCUAACAGUAGAGUGAGUGAUAUUGAUAAGAAGCUUCAGGAGACGAGGAUAUCACCACAUGGGCAAGAUAUUAAAUCUGAAAAACUGAAAGUGGCCAUGCCUCCUGCACGCCCAUUGUCACAUCCAAACCUUGUCAAUACCUCUCACAGAGGUACAGAGUCCUCAAACAUUACUGUAAAUGGCAAUAAAGCAAUAGUUCACCGACCUGCAGACCAAAAAGUCUCUGUGUCUGGGUCAUCAAGUUCUGAGGAGAGACAUUCCUCAGGGUCUUCCAUGUCUAGUCCAACACGAACAAAUUCAGUGUCUGACAAGUCAAACGAAAUCUCGACAGUUAACCACCGCCCACCACCAAUUCCUAAUAGGAAUGAAUCUUUGCCAUCUAAACGAGGUAAAACUUCUAAGGAUCAGCCUGACUCAAGUACAGCCAGGUCAAGUCCAAACAAAAUGCAGCCAAGCUUUACAACUCCCCAGCAGAACCGUCGCCAAGUAUCACCGUCUAAUGCUGUUGUUUCCAAACAGGCCUGGUCCACACCACAGCCUGUCAAGAAGCAAAUGUCUAUUGUAUCCAAUGGUUGCUCGGACGAUCUUGACUAUCGUAAUAAACAUCCAGAACGGCCACCCCAGCCUGUGUUUAGGCCCUCUCCAGCUCCACUGACUUCUCCCACCAACUCAUCAAAGUCUGCUGGUAAAGAACAGAGGUCACAGGAAUUUUCAGAUUCCAGCAAGAAGUUAAAUGAGCCAAAGAAUUUGACUAAUGGCACUCAAAGAAACAAUUCAGAACGGAUCAUCAAGUAUGCCACCAUAGCAAGAACAUCUCAUAGGGCCAGUGCCGAUGACUUUGUCCCAGAUAAUACUCAUGUGAUCCCGCGGUCCCGGACAGAACAGGGGUUGUCUUCAGCAGAACGUCAAAUGGUUGCAAAUAUGGCAAACCAAGCUCGGUCUCGUCAGCCAGUGAUAGCAACAGAGAGUUUUGCAGACAACAUCCCUCGCUACCAACCUCACAAGCACUACUAUAAAGGAUUUCAAUUUAAGGAACAAAAGCAGUUGUAUCUCAAAGAGAAGAUGUACUCCCCAUGUCUUAAGGAGUCUUCAGUCUAGUGAUACAUUUUAUGUUGCUGCUCUUACCAUGCCAACAACUGUUCUAGUCUUGUAUCAAAUUUCUAUAAUAGAUUACUGGGUGUUUGAUUUUAAAUCUGCUGUAGGUCACUAUUCAGGUACAGUUGUAUUUUACAUUGUGUUGUAACUGACUUCGAAAAUGAUACACUCACAACAGUUUUCUUUUUGGAAACACAGAUCUUUUGCAUUAGCAGAUUUAGCUAUGACUGAUUUAAAUUUAAAUCUACUGAUCCCAGGGUCAGUAUUAUAAAUUGUAGUGAAGUAAUUAUUCUCCUAGAUCUCUUGUACCCAUUAUAGAACAUGAACUGUAGAUAUCAGGUCUUUGAUGUUCAUGUUGGAAAUGGUUUUAGAUUCCAUAGGUCAAACUGUUACAUCAAUAUUUGGGAGUAGCACUUUUUUUUAACUAUAUCUGUGAGAUAAUAUAGAAAGGUAUAAAAAGACAACUACAUGUAUAUGAUAUUUUGACAAUGGAAUUAGUUUUUGUUAGAUUUUUAGUAUAUGCCAACAUCCCUUGUACUAUGAAAGAAUCACAUCCACUUUGUUUGUUUUACAGAUUGUUUACUGAUAUUUAUAACAUUUUUACCAGUGAAAUAUCAAAAAGUAUUCAUUCUAUAAAAGUGAUAUUUUUUACUAUUGAAAAAUAUUACUUUUCUGAUGUUUUUCACUAGUGAAAAAUAUCACUCUUUUCUGAUUUGACCAAUCAGAACACUGCUUACAAACAACAAUAGGAAAUUAAGAUUUGCAUAAUGCUCUCCCUCAUAUGAUAUGACGUCAUAAUGCAAGAUAGAAUACAUAACGUAAAUAUUUGGCCUACAUUUGUGAGACGCUGACAGGAGACCUCAAUGAAUUCUGGGAGAGAUUGAGUUGCGUGGUAUAUUUUGCUAUAAAUGUAAUAAAUGGAAUAUUUAACAGUAUCUUCAGUAAUAACAAAUAUAUUUCACUCAGGUGGCUAAUAUUUACUGAAGACACUGUUAGAUAUCCUCUAUUUAUACAGUGUAUAUUAACUGUUAAAUGGCACAUUAGAAGUAUCUUACAUCUACUUUGAAGAAACAUCAGAGAGAUAUAUAUACUAUAGAAAACUGUGCUGCUAUUUCAGUAUUCAUUUAAUUUUAUGUUCAAAUAGCAGGAUGUAUGCAUAAUGUAUAUUAUGAAUCUUUUAUUUAGAGAGAAGGAAGAUACGCAAUACAUAGGAGACCUUCCAUGUAGUGAUAAAAUUAGUAUCUCUGUACUUCACUGAUGGAGUUUACUGGACUAGUGAAAGCUUUACAAACUAUGUCUAUCUAAAGGGGUAUAUAUUCUCUCAAUGAGACUAGUGCAGAGGUUAUGUGUGAACGCAACCUGGGGAAUUUCUAGGAUGUGAGAGGUUAUGUGUGAACACAAACCUCUAAUUUCUAGGAUGUGAGAUGUUAUGUGUGAACACAACCUGGGGAAUUUCUAGGAUGUGAGAGUUUAUGUGUGAACACGACCUGGAAUUUCUAGGAUGUGAGAGGUUAUGUGUGAACACAAACCUGGGGAAUUUCUAGGAUGUGAGAGGUUAUGUUUGAACACAACCUGGAAUUUCUAGGAUGUGAGAGUUUAUGUGUGAACACAAACCUGGGGAAUUUCUAGGAUGUGAGAGGUUAUGUGUGAACACAAACCUGGGGAAUUUCUAGGAUGUGAGAGGUUAUGUGUGAACACGACCUGGAGAAUUUCUAGGAUGUGAGAGGUUAUGUGUGAACACGACCUGGAAUUUCUAGGAUGUAAGAGGUUAUGUGUGAACACAAACCUGGGGAAUUUCUAGGAUGUGAGAGGUUAUGUGUGAACACAAACCUGUAAUUUCUAGGAUGUGCAGAAUUGUUCACUACUCUGUUCUUAUUGUAUAGUUACUUUUGCAUUGAAGGACACUGCCAGAUCUCUCUUAAUGGUAAUUGGUUAAUUACAUGGUGUUGAACAAAUUUGUACUGUUUCUGUUAAAUAUAGCUCACUACUUAAUUGUGAGAGAACUUUCCUGUAAUUAUAUAUUCCAAGUGUUAAUAUCGCAGAUUAAAACUUAAAAGAAUUGUUUAGUAACAUUUAAACAAAAUGUGACUACAUGUAUGUCCUUUCAUUCUCCUUGUUGUUUAAUUUAGGUAGCUUAAAAUUGCAAGGGUAACACUGAUAAGAUAUGGCAACAAAUUAUACAACUAUCGGUAAAACAAAUAUCCUGAAGUCUUACUGUAGCCAUGCCUGAAAUAAAUAGUAUCAAAGUCCAAGCUGGACCAAGACUGUCAAAAGAUUAAACACUUAUGAAUAAAGAUGUUUUGGUCACUGAAACGUCAACAAAGAUUAUGAUCAAAGAUAUUUUACAUGAUUCAGUACAGAUAGUACCUUCAUAUCCAAGUCUUAAAUCAUUUGCAUGUUAACAAAGUACAGUGAUGUGGGAUUUAUCAUUAAACAUGUACAUAUAUAAUAAUUAUGUAAAAAUGUAACAAUUUUAUAUGGAGAAAGCUUUCAGCUGGUCACAGCCAGAAAUAAGAGUAUUAUGAUAAAUUAGACAUAUCAAAAAUUUAAUCUUCUGUAUAAAAUUUUAAGGUAUUUUAGGAUUAAUUGGACUUAGGAAUUAAAGGAAUACUAUCAUGCGAGAUUGUUAUAUACAAAGUAGUUGUAAUCAAGAUAUUUGUUCGGAACAAAAGGGUAUAUUUUUAUUUAUUCAGUGUCGAGUGUCAAUUGAAAUUUGAUACAAUAUGAAAGUUUUCUUUUUUCCAAAAUAAUUGAAUGUACAAUGUAUAUACAAAUUACUAAAGAAAUACAAAUGUGCCAUAGGUUGAAUCUCUUUAAGAUAUUAUGUAAAUUGAAGUGCUAGUCAGAAAAUGAGAAGUAUUUUUAUACUGUAAAUACAAUGUGUGCGGUAUCCACGUAGUUGUCUGUAUGCAUGAUACACAGUUUAUAAGAGUGUGACUUUCUCAUAAACUACAUUAUGUACAUGAUAAACUACAUCAUGUACAUGAAAACACCAGCUUUGUUCACCACUGUAAAUAAUUCUGAUAUUGACUUUGUUUUGUGGAGCUGUACAUGCAUUAUCUAACUAGUUUUACCUUUCUCCUCUGGUUUUUAAUGAGUAAUGUUGCUAUUUAAUUGUGUGGUAAUUUCUCACUGUAAAAUCAAUAUUAUACCUGGUAGGUACCGGUAUAAGUGUCACUCAUGCUUAAUCACUGUUCACAUGUUGAUUUGGUGUAAUCAUCAUGUUCAUUAAAAAUCUGUCCACCACCUCACUUUUCAAUGAAAAGUGUUUUGUUAAAGUUGGUAUUAAAGUGCUCUGUAGAUUAUGUUUGUUAGUAGAAUUAGUGGUUUGCUCAGAAAAGGGUGUCAGUGAUUAUUGCUGAAUGGCGUGCAUACAAUUAUUAUUGUUUCACAGAUAAAUAUUUGUUAAUUUAAAAAAGGAAAAGGUCUUAACUAUAACAAAGCAAAACACAACAACAACAAAAAACAAUGUCUACGAAUAAAGCUCUAUCUGGAAAAGUUCGUGUUGGUAGAGGUACCUGGUCAAAAAUGUUCAUCAGGUAAAAUAGAAGUGGCACUGUAUAAUGAAUGCAGUAAAGUUUGUACUUCUUAUAGAAAUGUUCAGUAAAAGGAUGUAAUGACCAAAUAUGAUUGGUUAAUAUGCUCGUGAAGGAUAAACACGGAUUCAGUGUAUUUUACCUGUGUUACUCUUUGUUGUAUGUAAAUGUAUGAUACAGUCUGUUUUUCCAAAUGAUCAUUUUCACUAUGUGCUGAGGUUUGUAUGCUUACUGGGGAGUGUUCCAAGGUAAUGAUUCCAUCCAUGUCCCAACUGUUCUAUAUAUCACAUUCCAUGACACCUACUGUAAAUUUCAUUGAUGUGUUUUAUCAAGUUUUAAUUUUGUCUAUGUUUGUGUGAUAUAAGGGGAGAUGAUCUACAGUUAUCUCCCCUUGAUGCUUUCUUAUGCUGACAUUCCCCUGUACAUGUCUUCUCAACAAAUUAAUAUAUUUUAUUUAACAUUCCAAUGUUUAUUUCAAAAAUAUUUUUAUUUAUAAUCUAACAAAGUUCUCUCAGUUUGCAAGUGCUUAAUUCAGUUAAUUCUAAUAAAGGUAAAUUUUUGUUUACAAAAAUCAGUUAAUGACUGGUUCUGACAACAGAUUUAACACAUUUUCUGCUUGUGAUUUGGAUGAUACUACAGGAUGUUCUUGAAGCAGUGAUCAAUGAUCUGGAUCCAGUCCAGAUAAAUAAGUGUAGUGUUACUUCAUGUAAAUGUAAAAUCCGAAGAUAAACAAGUCCUUGGCUUUGGGUGUUUCCACAAGAUAUUGAAGAUAUCAAUGGAAUAUAUUUCUACAGGAACUAGGUUAUUUAAUUCUUAAUAAAUCUGACUAAAUAUGAUAAUAAGGUGCAAUUUAGUUUGAUUCAGCGGGUCCCAGAUUUCAUAUUUACCAAUAUAUUCAAACUAGAUGUUAGUUUUUUUUGCUAAUCAACAAAUUAAACUUCUAGUGCUUCAGUGGAAGCUUGCCUGACUUAUAAUCUGGGUGUUCGUACACUGGUAGUGCCGGGUAGUAACUAUCAUCUUGUUCCUAUGCAAGCACCAGUUCAGCUACUGUUGUGACUGUGUGUAGAUACAAAUCUGCCCUCUGUAAUACAAUAUCAUAUUCCAUCCACAAUGCUGUUAUAAUGAAGUCUAACAGUUUGUUUUGUUUGUUGAACUCUGAACUCGGUGUUAUAUAAUGUUAUUGUGAUGAUUAAAUCAGACACUUUCCAAUUGGUAUGUUAGGAGACUUGGGGUACCUUCUAGGUCAUUGUGGUAUGUUAGGAGACUUGGGGUGCCUUCAAGGUCAUUGUGGUAUGUUAUGAGACUUGGGGUGCCUUCAAGGUCAUUGUGGUAUGUUAUGAGACUUGAGGUGCCUUCAAGGUCAUUGUGGUAUGUUAUGAGACUUGGGGUGCCUUCAAGGUCAUUGUGGUAUGUUAUGAGACUUGGGGUGCCUUCAAGGUCAUUGUGGUAUGUUAUGAGACUUGGGGUGCCUUCAAGGUCAUUGUGGUAUGUUAUGAGACUUGGGGUGCCUUCAAGGUCAUUGUCAGCUACAGAUUAUGUCUUGUUGCCUAUCUAGCUAUUGACAAUGAAGGAUAGUUUAAAGUUUCACUUCAUAUUGCAAUACAUGUACUAUGAUUUAAAAAUAAGUGAUGUUGUAUAGCUACAUAGACAAACGUAAAUCUACAAUACAACGACUGCAGUAUACAUCCCGCACCUUAUACUGUUAAACUGCUGUAUUGGUAUUUUUAAUGGCUUUUCUUUUAAAGCAGCUGCUUUGAUCUUGAACCAACUUGAUGACAAGUCCAUCUAAGACUGUUUGGUGUUGAGCUGCCUUAGGAGAUGUGGUAGAGAGCUAAAACGUAUUCAUUUGUAUAGUGACGGUUGUGAACUUUGUUGUUUUAUGGUGUAGGAAAGUUUUAAAGAAUAUUUUAUUUGUACAUCUAUUGUAAUACUUCAUGAUUUUUGUCUUAAGUUUCUGUUAUCAUUGAUUUAGAAUAUAAUGAAGGUUUGUGAAAUGUACUUAAUAUAAUUAACAAGUAGUUUUAGCCUAUGGUUUUUGAUUGGUGUUUUAUUAAUAUAUUAAGUAAAGCUUUUACAUUUUGUUGUUUUUCCUUACUGCAGAAUAUCUUUUUUGUGAUGAACUGUUGAAAAUCAAAUAGGAAUGUUGAUAUAUAUAUAUGCUGUUGAUGUUGUUUACUGGAUAAUGUGUGUAUUUUGUAUGACAUCCCUGAUUUAUCACAUUCGAGAAGUGUGUUAUAAUAUAAUACAGCUAUCCUCUGGUAAAACUGGGAAGUAUUGGAAUUAUACCAAAAGGAAUGAUUGUUACAUAAAUAAUGACACUAAAUUGUAUGUUGAUAAUAUGCAUAUUUCGUAAAACUCCAUCAAUAUUGGGAUGAAUUUUGAUAUAUGUCCGUUAUGACAAUUCAAAUAUAGACAUUUUUCUAAUGUAAAUAGAUAUAGUUGAUAUAGAACGUCCUAUUAAAUAUAGCAAAAAUCAAAACAUUUUUUGUAAUAAUCAAGAUGCCUGAUGUACAUCAUUUGAAAGCAAUGUUAUUAGGUUAACCAUGUAAACUUGUGUGCUUUCAGUCAAAAUGUGUGAACUUGUGUAAUGGUGUUGUAAUGGUCUGAACCAAGGUAUGAUGUACUGUGUACAGGUCUGAACCAAGGUAUGGUGUCACUGUGUACCGGUCUGAACCAAGGUAUGGUGUCACUGUACCGGUCUGAACCAAGGUAUGGUGUCACUGUGUACCGGUCUGAACCAAGGUAUGAUGUCACUGUGUACAGGUCUGAACCAAGGUAUGAUGUCACAGUGUACCAGUCUGAACCGAUGUAUGGUGUCACUGUGUACCGGUCUGAACCAAGGUAUGAUGUCACUGUGUACCGGUCUGAACCGAGGUAUGAUGUCACUGUACCGUUCUGAACCAAGGUAUGGUGUCACUGUGUACCGGUCUGAACCAAGGUAUGAUGUCACUGUGUACCGGUCUGAACCAAGGUAUGAUGUCACUGUGUACCGGUCUGAACCAAGGUAUGGUGUCACUGUGUACCGGUCUGAACCAAGGUAUGGUGUCACUGUGUACCGGUCUGAACCAAGGUAUGAUGUCACUGUGUACCGGUCUGAACCAAGGUAUGGUGUCACUGUACCGGUCUGAACCAAGGUAUGGUGUCACUGUGUACCAGUCUGAACCAAGGUAUGAUGUCACUGUGUACAGGUCUGAACCAAGGUAUGAUGUCACAGUGUACCAGUCUGAACCAAGGUAUGGUGUCACUGUGUACCGGUCUGAACCAAGGUAUGGUGUCAUUGUGUACCGGUCUGAACCAAGGUAUGAUGUCACUGUGUAUCGGUCUAAACCAAGGUACAUGUAUGGUGUCACUGUGUACCGGUCUGAACCGAUGUAUGGUGUCACUGUGUACCGAUCUGAACCAAGGUAUGAUGUCAUUGUGUACUGAAAGAACCAGUCAAGCAAAGAGUGCAAUGGUCCAAUAGCACUCAUAUUGCAGGCAGUUGGCAGGACAGUGAUGUUUUAUCCAUUCGGUCCCUUUCAUCAUGUAAUUAUGGAUUUUAAAAAGAAACUAUAGGAUCACCUGUCCUGUCUUACAGUUUUUUUUUUAACUAUCUCCUCCAUUUUUGCUAUCAAGUGCUUUGCAUAGAUAAAUUUAAUUUUUCUAACAUUCAAACAUUAUCUUCUCCCAGAACACAAAAAAAAAAUCUCCUAGCUGUAGAAGACACACUUUUUCAUGAAAAUAUUUCACAUCAAAUUUAAACAUAUAACUGUUACAGAAGACAUAUCGCCACCAGCAUACAUUUAUCUAUGCAUUAUAAUUGUAAAAAUAGUAAUAUCAAAGUUAGGUCGACAUUGUCAGUGUAUAAUCAGUCAGCUGAGACUAAUUGGAGAUCAUAUCUCUGGUAUGGUUUUGUGAUGAUAAUGUUGGAGAUAGCUGGCUGAUGCUGUAUGCUGGCUGUUUAUUGAAAAUCUACCUCAAAUUCACAGACAAAUACAAAGUUCGAGUACUUAUCAAUUUAUUGUCAUUACGAAAUGUAAGUAUCACUGCAUUCUGUUCAUAGCUGUAUUCCUAUACAUCUGAUGAGGUUUUCAAACAAUACAUGCCAGCACAUGUUAGAUUGUUCUGCAACCCUCUCCAGAAUGAUAAGUAUACAUAGAUUACUGACAGGUAUGACUCAGAUUCUAGUACUAGGUACAGCAAUUGUACAGGAACCUCUGAACUGUAGAUACUGGUGUUACAGUACAAUUUGUGUUGUAUGUCAGCACUAAAGAGUAGUACUGUAGGCACACAUUCAGUGUAUGGUCGUGUUGACUUGGAUCCAUGUACUGUUGUACAGUUCACAUUAAUAUUCAUGCCAUGUUGUUCUGAGAGAGUUUUUUUUUUGUAACUUUUGAUGAUGUAAUAUUUACAUACUUUUAUGUAAUUACACAUAAUUGGAUCAUCUACAUACCUGUAUGUAUCACCAAUUUACCUUGUAUGUAAUUACAGAUAAUUGGAUCAUCUACAUACCUGUAUGUAUCACCAAUUUACCUUGUAUGUAAUUACAGAUAAUUGGAUCAUCUACAUACCUGUAUGUAUCACCAAUUUACCUUGUAUGUAAUUACACAUAAUUGGAUCAUCUACAUACCUGUCUGUAUCACCAAUUUACCUUGUAUGUAAUUACACAUAAUUGGAUCAUCUACAUACCUGUAUGUAUCACCAAUUUACCUUGAUAAUCUACAUAGCAAGAAUUAAAAGUUUAAUUAUGAUUCA